AUGGAUGCCCUUUUUUCCCUGAUCGAAGAGUCAACAAGAGCAUUAAGCUGCAAUGAACAUGUCGUGAUUUGUAGCAUAGAUAUUAAAAGUGCUUAUGAUAAUGUCCAAGUGGAAUUUCUCAUCAAUGAACUCAGAGCUUUACAAGUUCCUGAGUGCAUUGUUCGCAACAUUUACAUGCUGUUUGAGGAAAGGAUUUUAUCAACAGAGCUAGAACACUCCAACACAAUAACGAGAACCACGUGGAAAGGGUUACCGCAGGGUUCACCACUAAGCCCCAUCUGUUUUAAUGUUAUGCUAGUCAAACUUUUAAAUAGCAUCCUUCAAGGUGUCAUCAAAAUCAACUACGCUGACGACACAACUGUAGCAAUGAGAGGUCGAGAUUUAAGCGAAUGCUGUAAUGCGUUACAGGAAGCAGUGGACUCUCUAGCUCAAGGCAUAACAGAUCUAGGGUUUGAAAUAUCACCUAAUAAGAGCAAGUGUUUGAUAAUUUCUAAACAGCAGCUGGAACAUCCUCCUGAUAUUUUCAUUCAUGGGCAACCUGUACAAUACACCAGAACGCUCAAGUUGUUGGGAAUGCACCUUACGCGGAAUCUCUCAUGGAGUCUUCACAUAUCAAAAACCAAGAAGAAAGUUACUCCGUUCAUCAAUUUUCUACGUUGCAUUUCGGGACAAUCCUGGGGUGCUCAUCCUUCAUCGCUAAUCAAGGUUUAUAAGGCUGGCGCUCGAUCAGUCAUCGAAUAUGGUUCCGUGUUCAUGGCCAAAUUGAAUCAACAGGACACUCUUUCGUUGGACAGAAUCCAAUGGGCAUGUAUCCGUGUAUGUUUAGGGUCAACCAAAACUACACAUACCGGAUCACUAGAAGUCCUAGCUGGAUUGAGUCCUCUAAAAUACAGGAGAGAAAUGGCGGUCAUGCGGUUUAUCAACAAGCGAGCUCAUCUACAAACCUGGAAUGAACUUUAUGUUCAACCUGCUAUGGAACCCGGAUCAACAAAUACUGGAUUUCAGCAAGCCAUUCGUGAACUAAACGAUUUUUUUCCAUUACAGAAUACCCUACAAACCCAUCCGUGUUACCCUUUUCCGCCAAAUGUGCGAAAAUAUGAGGUUGCAGUAGAUCUAUCGGUGUCUGCACUCAUAUCCCAGCCCCGCCAGGAAAGUGUACGGGAAUUAGUGUUGAACUUGCUAGACGAAAAAUAUCAAGGCACGUUACUGUUAGCAACCGAUGGCUCGAAGGAUUUAGCAAAUGUUGGCUAUGCUGUCGUUAACAAUUUCAAUGUUCCAUUCGCAACACACAAGCUAUGCCAUGCAGCUUCAAUUUACACUGCCGAGCUUCUAGCAAUUAGAAAGGCAGUUCAAAUUGCUAUGGAACAUCCAAUAGGACAAUUUGUUAUUAUUACGGACAGUAUGAGCUGCUUAACAAGCUUGCAAAGUUUGAAAGCAAAUUCGUCAUAUUCGAUGGCUUGGACUCUCGUUCAAUGUUUUUGUACUUUUCGACAACGAUCCUCUAACACACGUGGGCCAGUAAUUGGCAGCAGCUGGCAGAAGGUUAAGUUGACGACAUCAACAACCUGUGCCGAAAUUCGUUUCUGCCAAGAGGAACGACGUGGAGGCGUCGUUUGA